CGGGCUCUUCCGUGAGGGGAUCGAAGGUCCGGGCGCGAACUACGAGAUGUCAAACGGCGUACGGCCUUUUUACCAUGUAACCCGCAGAACCCCUUGGGUAAGUACAUAUUUUAGAACUUUUGCGCAUCUUCUGAUCUACUGUCCAGGUCGCUGCUACACCCGUGAGGUUCUCGAGGCCUAUAUGGGGUUCUGUCAAAAGCACAAUCUCCAUCUCAUAACCGACGAGAGCUAUGCUCUCUCCACCUGAAAGAACCCAGAUUUCCCGAUUGCCCUGGUUUCGAAUCCGUCCUUUCCAUCAAGAAAGACGGUCUAAUUGACCCAAGCCUCGUGCAUGUUCUGUGGGGAAUGAGCAAGGUACGAAGUCCGCUUCUCCAGAUUUGAUCGGAUAUA